CCACCCGGCGCUGUCGCGACGGGAACGGGAGAAAGACGUAACGAUUCAAGAUGGCGAAGGACCUGGACGAGCUCUUGGAUGAGGUCGAAUCCAAGUUUUGCAGACCAGACCCACUCAGACUGGGCAUGGUCGAGCGGCCCAGAGGCUGCGUCGGCGGCAUCCUCAGCAACGACCGGAACCAAGCCGAAGCGAAAGAAAAUCUCAGAUCAACAGAAACAUUUGCAAAAGAAGAUGAUCUUGACAGUCUUAUUAGUGAAAUAUUUGAAGAGCCCAACUUUGACAAAAAACCUUUUAAAUUAAAAUCUAAAUCUUCAGGUAACACAUCUGUCAGAGCUCCCAUUCAAGGCCUUGGUAAAAGCUGCAGCCCAGUGUACCUUGGUGGAAGCACUGCUCCAUGUGGAAUUGGAACAAAUACUUCACAGAGAGCUUGUGACCAUCUGCGUUGUGUAGCAUGUGAUUUCUGGGUAGUAAGCUACGACGACUUUAUGUGGGACAAAUCAUGCGAUUAUCUGUUUUUCAGGAACAACAUGCCAGAAUUCCACAAAUUAAGAACAAAGUUGGUAAAGAAGAAAGGAACACGGGCAUAUGCCUGCCAGUGCAGCUGGAGAACUAUUGAAGAACUGACUGACCUUCAGACUGAACAUCAGCUUCGUUGGGUUUGUGGUAAACAUUAAGAAUGCAAACUUUUUGUGUUUAAACAAAUGUAUCCGUGAGAGCAAUCUCCACUAAUCAUCAUCAUAUUUAGGUAAAGGUACAUAGCAGUAUCAUGCCCUUUGGAAAAAGACAGGAAAUUUCAUUUAAUGGCUAUACAGCACAGAUUUUCAAAGACCAAAUGGACUUGAGAAGAUAAUGUGUCCAAUAAUUUUGGAGUUAUUUCUUUUCGAUAUAUGGGCAUUUUACUUAGUAAAUAAGAUAGCAGUUCAUCCAAAUUCUUUGCUAACCUAUCUCCUGUUAAAUGGAAGUUUAAUUAUGACGUUUUAUACAAACAUAUAGCCAUUCAUUAGCAACUGCAGUAUUAGUCACUGCUAAUACAUUUAGCUAAAUAUUCCUCACGUAUAAUAUUUAAAGGGGAUAAAGCCAGCCAGUGUAGAGAGGUCACUGAGGGGUGUAUACAUCAUCUCCUCCGGUCAAAUCUAUUGUUGCCAAAAAUCAUAAUUUAUACAUGGCAGAAACCAUGUGAUCAGUGGCUCACUGAAGGAUUUUUAGGAGUACUGGUAUGCUGUAAAUGAAAACACUGCCUAUAUCUGACCUUACCUCAACAACUCACAGUGAUAUGCAUAAUAAUGAUAAAUAUGUAUUACUAGUUUUAACUUAUUUCUUCUUUUGUUGAUUUAGAUAUCAAAAGUUACUUAGUUUGCUAUUUUAACAAAUAAUCCAUUUAUAUAUAAAAAAAAUUUUUUUUGAUGCACCUAAAAUCACAAGGAAAAAUCCUAAUACAGAUAGAUCAUUGUUAGAUUUUUUCCAAGUACUUUCUAGCCUUCAGUGCCUAAAAUUCCAUCAAGUGAACAUCAAGUAAGAUAUUUUCUCAGGCAGCCUGUUGAUUUUUUGGUAGGAUUAGGUUAAUACAUUAUUUACUACAGGAGUGCAUGAAAGAGAAAUAAAGCAUAAUUGAACCAACAGGUGAUCUGUUAGGCUUCUCCUUUACAUCACUGAGACUUGAGAAACCCUACAAUAGCAGCCCAUUCAGGAAGUCAGUUACCUAAAAACUAUCAGUUCCCAGCACCAUCAAGAAAUUUUGGGGGCUUUCCAAUCUACCAUAAGCUCUUUUUUGCAUGUGUCUAAGAUAUCAUUCAAAUGUAUGACACAAGGUUGUGAUUGCUUAGUCUUAAGCUGAAUCCAUUCCAGUCACCUGAUUCAAGUAAGAAGAAGGAUCGGCCAUUAAAAUCCUUUUCCUAGCCGUGACACAUUUGCUUACCUGUAAAACUUACUCUAGUAGGUCUAGCAUUGCAACGGAACUCAUAGUGGCAGAUGCUUACAUUUUUGUAUUGACAAUGUAUACAGACCUUACUUACUUUAUUUUUGAAUAAAAAGUUUUUACUCCCUAAAAUUUUAUCUGUGUGUAAUUAUAUGAGAAACAAGGGGAUUUGAUUGAGAAACCAUUGGUCAUAAUGAUGGCAUUUUUUUUAUAUUCAAAUGUGCAAAUUUACUAAAUCAUUAAUUUGAAAAUUUUUUUCUUUUUUAUUGUUUCAUACCUAUUCUAUAUCCUAGAUACAUUGCUCAUGUUUGGCAUUCCAUAACAUAAUUCCCCAAUGUCAGAAAUAUAUAUAUGAGCUCACAUUGUUGUUGGCAGUUGUACAAUCUGUAAUCUAAAAUGUAGAAAGAAUAUUAUGUUUGUAUACUGAUGGAUAAAUAAUUUAAGCCAAAAUGCAACUAUUUUAGUAACAAUGCAUAAGAAAAGUAUAGUUUCUGAUAAGUUAUAAUUUUAAAAUUUAAAGUCUAUAAAACUUUCAAGAUGUUUUGCCUAUUUGUUUUCAAUAUUUCUCAUUUUCUACUUUAGCAAUUACCUAUUUUUUGUCAAGCUAGGUAGCUACUUUCCUUGAGCUGUAUUAUACUCUCAGAUCCUUAUCCUGCCUAGAAUAAUAAGUAAAUAAUAAAUCCUGCCUAUAAAUAAUAAAUAGCUUUAUUCUGUA